CUGCGUGUUUCCGGGCCAAGUUCGGGAUGCCAGACAUGGCGCUGCCAGGCCGGGUGUUCUUUACUCGCGUCUUCGAUCCUCGGCGGUGUUUUUCAGGAAUGGGAUUUUAAUAUGGAGGCCAAAUCAAUAGUAAUGAUGACAAUGAUGGUGAAAUAGUUUUUCAGUUAUGGAACAAAAAUAUAUCAAAACAUUGAAGCUUUUCAGUCCAAAUUCUUUCCGCCUCUUCAAAAAGCAAUGCUACCACCAAAUAGCUUUCAAGGAAAAGUGGCAUUCAUUACUGGGGGAGGUACUGGCCUUGGUAAAGGAAUGACAACUCUUCUGUCCAGCCUUGGGGCUCGAUGUGUGAUAGCCAGCCGAAAGAUGGAUGUUUUGAAAGUUACUGCAGAUCAAAUUUCUUCUCAAACUGGAAAUAAGGUUCAUGCAAUUCAGUGUGAUGUGAGGGAUCCUGAGAUGGUGCAAAACACUGUGUCGGAACUGAUCAAAAUCGCGGGACAUCCUGAUAUUGUGAUAAACAAUGCAGCAGGGAAUUUUAUUUCUCCCACCGAAAGACUCUCUCCUAAUGCUUGGAAGACCAUAACUGACAUAGUUCUAAAUGGUACAGCCUUUGUGACACUGGAAAUUGGAAAACAACUAAUUAAAGCACAGAAAGGAGCAGCAUUUCUUGCUAUUACAACCAUUUAUGCUGAGACUGGGUCAGGUUUUGUAGUACCAAGUGCUUCUGCCAAAGCAGGAGUGGAAGCUAUGAACAAAUCUCUUGCAGCUGAAUGGGGUAAAUAUGGAAUGCGAUUCAAUGUGAUUCAACCGGGUCCUAUAAAAACCAAAGGUGCCUUUAGCCGUCUUGACCCAACUGGAGCAUUUGAGAAAGACAUGAUCAACAGAAUUCCCUGUGGUCGGCUAGGAACUGUGGAAGAACUUGCAAAUCUUGCUGCUUUCCUUUGUAGUGAUUAUGCUUCUUGGAUUAAUGGAGCAGUCAUUAGAUUUGAUGGUGGAGAGGAAGUACUUAUUUCAGGAGAAUUCAACAGUCUGAGUAAGGUCACCAAGGAGCAGUGGGACACAAUCGAAGGACUCAUCAGGAAGACAAAAGGCUCAUAAGACCACUCUGGCCCUUGUUUUGGUUACAGAAAAAGUCAAGGAAUAGAAAUGAUACAAACUGUCUAUAAUCUUUCAUGUAUUUUCAAGUCUAAUAAAUUGUUAACCAACA